AUGUUUUUGGAGAGCAUAGAGGCAGAAGGUUUCAAAAGUUAUGGGGCACACACAGUGAUCAGCCCAAUUGACAAAUCAUUCACGGCUAUCACGGGAUUAAACGGAACAGGAAAAAGCAAUAUUUUGGAUGCAAUUUGUUUUGUCCUGGGCGUAGACACCCCCCGACUCCUAAGGAGUGCAAGCAUAAAGGACCUUAUCUUUAAACAAGCAAAGAGAACUAGUGGGUCAGCAAAGGUCUCUCUAAUAUUUAAUAAUAAAGAAAAAGAGAAAGGCCCAAUGGGCUACGCAGAAAUAGAUAUAAUAAAGCUAACAAGAAUAAUCACAGAAGAUGGAAAGACAAAAUACCUUCUGAAUGACCAUAAUGUAAGCACAAAGACUGUGACUAGGCUGCUGCAGUGUGUUGGGUUAUCAUCAAGCAAGGCAGGGUACAACCCGAAUGGCGUGCGAGUGGAGAAGCAGGCGCCUUACUUUAUAGUCAUGCAGGGAAGAGUAAGCAGAAUACUUUCCAUGAAGAGUGCACAGUUUCUUACGCUCCUGGAGGAGUGUGCUGGAACAAGCGUAUACAGAACAGAGAAGUACAAGGCCAGUAGUACACUAGAGAAGAAAGAGAAGAAAUUAUUGGAGACAAAAGAGACACUCUCUAAGACAAUAUUCCCAUUCCUGGAGAGACUGAGAAGAGAAAGAGACGAGUACUACGCGCACAAAGAAGCCACAGAGAAGAGGCAGAUCCUGCAAGAUACUCUGGUCAGGUGUAAAGAGGCAAUUCAAUACAAAGAGGCAGAGAGUGCAAUCGAAGAAAGAGAAAGAAUCAUUGUAAGGCUGUCAGAGAUAGAGAGAGAAAUAGAAGAGAAAACAAAAGAAAUAGUAGAUGUAGAUGUGGUGGAUGUAGAUAUAGCCAGCAUACAAGAGAGAAUUGACAAUAGAAAGAGAGAAAUAACAAGAAUGAUGAUCGACCAGCAAGAAGAAGAGAGGCAUGCAGCCCACAGGAUAAUUGAAAGAAAAGAGAAGGAAAUUCGACAAAUACUCAAAGGAUGCGAAGACACAAUUAAAAACCUAAAUAUAGAAAGAAUGGUCAGUACAGAAGAGACAGAAAACUCAGAGAAAACAGAAGAACCUGAGAAAGAAGAGAAAAGUGCACAGACAAAAAUAGAAACCCUUCUGGCCCGGCUGGAAGACAAAGAAAGAGCAUUCCUGCAGGCAGACAGACAGAAGGACAGCCUGGAGAAAGAAAGAAAAAGAGAAAUGCUCAGCACAGAAGUAGAGAAGAUCCAAAGGAAUCUGGAAGUUGCACAAGAAGGAAUUGAAGUAGCACAGAAGAAAGGACUAACAGAAGAACUUUCUGCCCACAGAAUAUCCCUGCAUAAAAAGUGCCCAGUAAGGCCUCUAGACGUAAUAAGAAGAGAAAUUGAAAGAAUAAAAAGAGAACUAGGCUAUCCCAUCAGGGACGGAGUGUACGGAAAGGUAAAAGAACUCCUGGAAGUAGUAGACCCAGCAUAUGAAAUAAGCGUAGGUGUUGUAAUUGGUGGCCGUAAGGAGUACCUGGUAGUGGAAAAUGAAGAGAUCGGAAGAAAAGUCAUUGAUGAGUUAUCCAGGGAAGGCAGAAGGAUAGAUGUAAUUCCGUUGAAUAAAAUCAUCACCCGCCGGAUUGAGCCAAAAAAGGAAGACAGAGCCAGGGCGUACGGAAGUAUUCCCUUGAUUGAAGCAAUAACCUACCCGCAGGAAAUUAAAAAGGCCAUGGAAUAUUUGCUGGGUGGAUAUAUUCUCGCAAAGAACAGGAAGACUGCAGUGGACCUAAGGGACAAAGAGUCUAUUUCAUCUGUGACCCUGGAGGGUGAAUUGUUUGACAGAAGGGGAACAAUAACAGGAGGCAGCCUGGACACAAGCAAAUACAAAUUUGAAAAGACGAAAAGAAAGGAAGAACUGCUUCUCCUGGAAAAGGAAGAAGAACAAGUGAGAAAGACCCUGAAGGAGUGCACCCUGCAGGAGCUGAAUGAAUCUACGGAAUUCCUUAAGUUAACCUCCCUCAAGAAAACACUCUCAGAUAGAAUAUCCCAAGUGAAAGCAGAAAUUGAAGUGCUUGGAAGAGAGUGCGUCAGAAAGGAUGAAAUUAAAAGUAUCUCAGAGUCCAUACAGAUACUCACAGAAGUAAAGAAUAAAAUAGACCUAAGAUACACAGAAAGAGACAGAACCUCAGAAAAGCUUAAGGAAAUUGAAGAAGCACUGAAAGUUUCAAAGGAGAAAGAGGCUAAGCUCCAGGAAGAGAUAAAAAGAGACGAGUCUGAUAAGCUGAAUGGAAUAAAGAAUAAUGAAGUAAAUAGAGCUAGAAGGUCAAUACAGAUAAAAGAGAGGAAGAGAAUAGAGAUGGAUGUAGAUCUCAUAAAAAAGGAAAAGAUCAAGCACGAAAUGCGCUACAAAAAGAUAGAGCAUGUAACCCCAAUGAACAGAAAGAAUAAAAGUAAAAAAACAAAGGAAGAACUAGAGCUAGAAUACGCCCAGGCAGAAGAAGAAUUGAAUUUCAUCAAAAGUAUCCCCAGGAAGGAAAUAAAUAAGAAGAACAUUGAAAUACUAGAGAAGAAUGAGGAGAUAGAGAUGGAGCUGAAGGAAAGAAUUAAGAAGCUGCAAAAUGACAAGAAAAUAAUUGAAGAAACCCUUCUGAAAUUAAACCAGGAAGAAACCCUGACGAUACAGGAAAUAUUUAAAUCUGUAAACCUCAGGAUAGGGAAAUACUUGAAGUACUUCAUCCCUAAUUCUGAUGCGAAGUUAGAGGCCGUAAAUGGCUCAGUCAUGAAUGGAGUUGAAUUGCACGUUAAAAUUGGAACCUGGAAGAAGGGCCUGACAGAAUUAAGCGGUGGCCAGAGGUCCCUCUGCGCACUCAGCCUGAUUUUUGCACUUUUAAAGACAAAACCAUCCCCUUUGUACAUUCUUGAUGAGAUUGAUGCUGCCUUAGACGCAUCCCACACAGAGGCAAUGGGAAGAAUGAUCCAAAAUGAAUUUAUUGGCUCGCAGUUUAUCGUUGUCUCCUUGAAGGACGGAAUGUACCAUAAUGCAAAUGUACUCUUCCAGACAUUCAUCCGGGAAGGUACUUCAGGCGUGCGCAGAAUGUAA